UCUGUUCACGACCCUUACGAGGCUUGCUUCAGACAAUUUUUUAUAAAUAACCUGCCACCAACAGGUCUCCGCAAGAGUCUACACAACAUAAAGUACAUCUGUCAACAAAUAGCAGACAGUCACGAUGUCUUUUACGCCACCAUGUUCGAUGAAAACCUGGGAAUUGCGGUGUAUGCUGGGUACAAGUUAGAUCAGGGAACAAUUCUCUUUGGUCAGGCGCAUGGGGCGACAGGAUGGAGGAGAGAACCAGGUAUACUGAUUCAAGGCAGCGACGCCAUUUACCGGAAUCAACAGUACGAUAGAGGUCACUUAGUCCCAGCGCAGACUUACUCGAGCUCUGACGCGCGCUUACAUUCAACUUACAAACACACCAACGCAGUUCCACAAGUUGGAGCUUUUAACCGCGGUCUGUGGGCCCAGUUUGAAGCGAGAAUACGGAAUUACGCUCAAAACACCUGUGUGCCGAACAACGGAGUGCUAUUUCUUUUAACUGGCACCUCUUUUGCUCGUGCUCAUGUGGUCAACAAUCAAUUGCAGUCCAACUCGGUACAACCUAACCAACUACCUCCAGCCCAAAAUUACCCAUCGAUUUUUAUUCCUAAUUCCAUGUGGACCGCUGGUUGUUGUGUGGCUCCCAAUGGAUAUUCAGAGAGCUUUGCGGUGUUUGGAAAUAACGACCUGAACCACCAGUUUACAGAGCAGAUAACCCUUAACGAGCUGCAAAACAUCCUCGCAGACGAUGUAAUGCACACUGGCUUGGGCGGACCAGAUGUCAGUCUGUUCCCAGGCCAUGUAAACUGCGCGAAUAACAAUCUCCAACGGCUUCCUCAAGCACAAGGGGGUGGAUAGAAAGAAAAAAAAGUUCGUUAUUGUGAAUUCUCGUCGUUAAAGAUACUUUAAUUUAUGGUGGUGGAAGACAAUAAUUAUCAUUAAUUAUUUAUCUUUUGACUCUCAGUGUAGGUUCUUUCAAUGUGGAUAGCGACGUUUCGACUGCAUGUAAGCUUUCUUCAAGAGAUAAGGUCGACCAGUUAUAUGUUUUAAUAAAAAGCAUAGCGCUCUGCUGUGAUUGGCAGAUGUUUAACAACUGUGAUGAGCGCACUGUGAUUAUCUGACCACUGCCGCACAGCUCUCUUCUUUAUGUAUUUCUUGAAAGUUUCCAUUUAUGAUUCUGGAUUUCUAUUCUAUCGGUACUUGCCGAGUUACAUAACUACCCCACCAAUAUUCACGGAAAAACG